CGGGGUGAAAAGAAUUCCAGACAGAGGGUGUUAACACUCAGUAGGGGAGUGUUACAUGGAGUUACACAUACACUGCUGCGUUAAUGAUGGACACUGGUUUAUUGUUUGGAGCAUGUGUGUGCCGUGCACUGAUCUCCUCUGUCUCCUCCCCAGCGGUCUGCCUUCACCGAAUCAUGUACGAGUCUCGCUAUGACAGCCCCCCCUCGUACAGCGCCCCUUACAGCUCUCGCUCGGAUGUGUUCAGCCCCUCCCGGGGGGGGUUUGCCCCGGCCCAGCCGCUCCCUGCCUCUCUCCACGCGGGGGGGGCACCCCAGCACUUCCACGGGUGGCUCUCCCCCCCGGGGAUCAUGAGGAUCAUGCAGGGCACCAUCGUGCUCCUCUGCUUCGUGGUCUUCGUCUGUGUGUCGUCCGCACUGGUCUGGGACAUGGGGUAUGACCGGGGGACGGGGGGGAACAGCCCGGGCUUCGGGGGGUACGGCUUCGGAGGCGGUUUUGGGACGGGUGGCGGAUAUGGCUCUGGUUACUAUGGAGGCGGCUACGGCUACUACAGUUCUUACCUGACCCCGUACUCCGGCAAGGCCAGCAUGAUCUCCAUGGCAGCUAUAAACUUCCUGGCCUCCUCGGCCUUCCUGGCGGUCAGCUUCUCCAAGACCAGCAGAGCGCGCGGCCGGAGGUUCUACCUGGUGGUGCUGGCAGCGGACAUUGUGCUGGCCAUCCUCCAGGCCAUCAUCAACGUGGUGUUCAUCGUCGGGGUGAACCCCAUGUCCCAGGGGUCGCAGAACAUGGUCCACAACCCCAUGCUGGUGAUGUGCCAGAAUCUGGACGGGAACAAUUUUUGGGAAGGAGCCGGAGGGGUGGGGGGGUUUCCGAUGUACAACCAGUACCUGUUUAACUACUGCUACAUGGAUGCACAGGAGAUCGUGGCAAUGGUUUGCGGGCUCCUGAUCGUGGUGGCACUGGCCGUGGCGGCGUACUUCUCUCACAAAACAAGGAGCAAGAUCUGGAGGCACGGGAAACCCAACAUCUACUGGGACGAGCCUCUGACCGGUGCCCUGGUGGGCGGAAGCCUGGACUGGGCAAACAGAGUGGAGAGUGGGAGAAGUAUUCACGAUGCCCCAACGCUGGUGAUGUCAGAGAAACCCGCCCCCUUACUGAACGUGGCCAAUAGUGUCAUCUCCUACCCUGUGGAAUCAGACGCUGUCCUCAGUGAGAAAGACCACCCUGACCCUGAGUACACGGAGCGUUCUGUCAGCUCUCAGGCAUGGUCUUCGCCCCACAGCGGGGGGGCUGGCAGCAUCAAACCGAAACAGGCAGAUAGGGAGUGGAAGCCAUCGGCUCGGAGGGUGAAGAGGCGUGGCCUGAGCAGUCAGGGGGAGGAGUCACAGAACGAGACGGGUUACACCACGGGCGGAGACACGGGCACUGAGCUGGACCCGGAUCAGUGGCGGAGUGCGUACCCUGAGAUCACAUCAGACGCACAGCGGCAGGAAUACAAGAGGGAGUUUGACUCAGACCUGAGGCGCUACAGGCGUCUGUGCGCAGAGAUGGACAACAUUAAUGACCAGAUGAACAAACUGAGCCGAGAGCUGGACGAGCUGCCAGAGGGGACGGCCAGGUACCAGGCUGUUGCGGAUGAGUUUAACAGACUGAAGGAUCUGAAAAGGACCCCCGACUAUCAGACCAAGAAGCUGCAGUGCAGAGAGCUGAGACAGAAACUCUUCCACAUCAAGCAGCAGGUGAAGACCUACGACAGAGAGCGAGUGUAGCGGGACACCCCCUCAUCACCCC